AAAUCUGGAAUUAAUAAAAUAUGGAGUAUAUACAGUGCCAAAGCAAUAAAUGCACUGAGAAAGCAGUGUCCUAUAUUAAGAAGAAGAAAAUAUAUGCUUGUUCUUAUCACAAAGCAACCAAAUAUUCACGCUAUGAAGCAGAACAUUUGGUGUCCCCUUACACACUCAAGACUAAGAUAGAAGAAAUAGAAGCAUUGAGAAAGAAUUUCAUUGACAUAGUACAUAAAGUUCACACCCAAAAAGUCUCUGAAGAUCAUGCUAGCCUCAGCGAAACUGUAAAAACUGAGCUUGAGAACAUCCUUGAAACGAUGACCAAAGCUAUUGAAGAUAGAGAACCUUUCAGAUUUGGUUUGCUACUCCAACAAACUCAUAGCAUUGAAAAGAAGCUGACAGAUGAUCCACUCUACAUGGACAUCAUCGAAGCUGGAGAAAAAGAUUUGACUCAGACUCAAAAUACUGAUUUUACAGAAAUGUUGCCUUAUGAAGAGAGCAAAAGCCUGAACCCCAUCGAUGAUGAGCACAAACAGCAUUUAUAGAGAUCGAGAGCAAGCAUUUGCAAGAAAUACAAGAUAUUAAGAAAAGAGCUGAGGAAGAAAUAGAAGAGCUGAAGAUAGCUGUUGAAGAAGAAAGAUUCAGAAGGGAGCAAGCUGAAGAUACUUUCAAAGAGUAUGAGACAAGAGUUGAAACUUUGGAGAAAGAAAACAAUAAGCUUCAAACAAUAGUGGAAGAACAAGAUGGUAAAAUUUCAAAACUCAGUGAAGAAAAUAAGCAAAUUAUGCUUGAAAACGAGGAAUUAACUAAAAUUUUGCAAGAAGGCGGAUCUAUCCCAAUACCUUUAGACCCACGUGAAGACCCAACGACUGACGAAUACUUUGAUGCUAUGUACCAGAAAAUUAAAGUUGGCGAAAAUAAGAGGUUUGAUCCUAAAGAUCUUGUUAAAAUCGAGCUCUCUGAUGAAAAGCACUGCGAAUUCUUAGAAAAUCUUAACAGAAAAUUGCCUAAUAUGGACACUCUGAGACUCUGUGAGCUUCCUGAGGAAAACAAAGAUGUGUGCCGCUUGUUGUCAGAAAGUCUUCCAGAGAAAAUUAGAAGACUAGAUGUUAAUCUUUCCUCCGAGAUGAACAGAUCUAUCACCAACUAUAUAGAUUCCAUAGAGAAGGCGAGUCUCACAGUUCGCUUGUUCUUGUAUUACCACCACCUUGAGUUGGACCAGUCUACCAUGAUCAAACUAUUGACAAUAUCAAAGAAUAAGAGAGGCACAGGAUUUCUUGAAUGUAAACUAGAUCUGUCAACUGUUCCUAACUUCGAUGGAGCUCUCGAAGGAAGCGGUGUGACCGUGAUUGUAUUAGACGGAUGUUUCCAAAACCCUUUGGAUAAGUCUGAACCAAAUAAAGAGCACUUUGAAAACCUACUUGAGGGUUUAUCAAAAGAAUCAGACUUUAGAAACAACCUAAGAGAGAUUCAUGUUGGGAAAAACAAUAUGAAGAAGACUUAUGUCGAAGAGGUGCUCAAUAAGUACGAGUUUGGAAGAAUCACAAUCUACCAAGCUCUCGAUUAACUGGAAUGUUGACCAAUGAAAUUUAUGCGCA